AAACGUGAUGCUAAUGCACAAAAUGGGGUCAAUGCUUACCCCGCUGGCAAGAAACGUGAUGCUAAUGCACAAAAUGGGUACAAUGCUUACCCCGCUGGCGGCAAGAAGCGUGAUGCUAAUGCACAAUCUGGGUACAAUGGUGGCCCCUAG